CAUAAAAGAAUAAAGACACCAGCUACUCGCAUCAUAUGGCUUCACUGCACCACCGGGAAGCAGACAAACAAAACCUGAGACAUCUUGAAAAUAUAUUUAGGUGUUAAACAAGAACCACUGAUGAGAAGAGGACUCUGAACAAAUCACAAUCCGUGGACACGCUCUUCAAGAUUUGGCUCUCUGUAGCCUUUGAAGUGUGAAGAUAAGACAAAACCUGGACUCGGGUGCUUCCAAGACAAAUUAUCAUUUGACGGUAAACUUUUGAAGCGAUCAUGGCCUCAACAGGUCUGCAGGUGCUGGGCUUGGUGUUGGCGGUGCUGGGUUGGGUGUGCGGGGCACUGGUGUGUGCGGCGCCUCUGUGGCGAGUAUCGGCCUUCGUCGGCGGGGAGCUGGUGAUCGCCCAGGUGCUGUGGGAGGGACUGUGGAUGAACUGCUUGUCUCAGACCACAGGACAGAUUCAGUGCAAGACCUACGACUCUACUCUGGCCCUGCCAAGGUCCGCCCAGGUGGCCCGGGGCCUCACGGUUCUCUCCCUGCUCCUCUGCCUUCUGGCGCUCAUGCUGGGGGUGGCCGGGGCCAAGUGCACUCACUGUAUGGGCAACGGGAACCAGGCCUCCAAGACUCGGCUGGCUGGGAUAGCAGGGGUACUCUUUGUUGUGGCUGGCCUUGCCUACCUGAUACCCAUCUGCUGGACCGCCUACACAAUCAUCAGGGACUUUUAUGACCCAAACAUUGCAGCACCUUUGAAGAGGGAGCUGGGUCCGGCGCUGUACCUGGGCUGGGGGGCCAGCGUGCUGCUCCUGGUGGGGGGAGCUCUGUUGCAUGUCGGCUCCUCUGCACAAGGAGGCAGAGCGCUGCCCGUCCUUGGAAGAGCAGCGAAGGACAACUCUUCUUCAGUGGCUGCAAGCGAGGGGAAGCAACCAGAAAAAUCUUUUGUAUGAGGUAAUUUUAAUCGGACAUGCGAACAGACUCCAGGGUCACGACCUCAUCAGAGGAGCUUCUGGAAACUGCAAGGUCCCGAUCUAUUAAAGGAUAUGUUGUGUUUUAUAUUUUGAUGAAGCUGAGUUUGGUCUUUAAGUUUUUCUAUUUCACCCCUGACAUGACAGAGCAAAAGGUUUCUAAUUGGAUUUACUUUAUUUAAGGGCUCUGUGUUACAGUAGGAGUUGAAAUGGAUUGUGGGAGGAUUUUAGAUGUUUACUAAUGCACGUGACUUACAUUUCUCAGAUUCCACUCUGCCUCUGCUUUUGUUUGUGUGUGUGUGAGUGUGUGUGUGUGGGCGGUGUGUGUACAGAAGGCCAGUGUGCGUUGUGUGUCUGUGUGGGCAGCUGGAGCGAUGCCUGUUUAUUUUUACACAUUUUUUCAUGUAUGCUUUGGUCUUUAACUUUUUUUUUUUUCAACAUUUGUGAUUUACAGAUUUACAGAAUGCUUAAUUACUCAUUCAAAUGUUGUUACUUCUAGAAAAAAACAUUUUUGUAGUUGAGUUUAACAAAAUAAACUGUUUUUUGCCUUUGUCUUUGACUGUAUUUGAAUAGUUCAGUGUCUCCUAACAAGUGGAUAAACACAGUGAAUGAAGUGCUUUACUAACUUUUAUCAUUAUGUUAGGAGGGUUACAUAACGCAGAGAUUCAGUCUGUCUUAUAAUGCUUCAUCUAGCUAAGGCCACCUAACUUAAAAACACACCAUAUACAUUAUAUGUGCUUCACUGUGACAAUGCAUUUACCACACUUACUUUCUCAAUAAAUGACUUUCUUCAGA